AUGAGUUCCCUCACGCCGCGGUUGCUGAUGCAGCGGGGUCGGCCCAAGAGCGACCGGCUUGGGAAGAUCCGGAUCCUGGACCUGUCGGGGCUGAAGCUGCGCUCCGAGGACUUGGACCCCAGGCUCAUGGGCCGGCUAAUACAUCUGCAAGAGCUGGACCUGUCCAACAACCAACUGGACACGCUUCCCGCCAACCUGGGCCUGCCCCACCUGCGCAUCCUCCGCUGUGCCAACAACCAGCUGGGGGAUGUUACUUCCUUGAGCCAGUUCCCACAGCUCGAGGAACUCAGCCUGGAGGGUAAUCCCUUUCUGACAGUCAGCGACAACCUGAAAGUCUCCUUUCUCCUGCCCAAGCUCCAUAAAAUCAAUGGCAAAAAUGCGUCCUUGACCUCCUCUCAGGUGAAGAACCUAAGACUGGAGCUGACCAGCAGGGUCACCGCUUAUUGGGAGAAGUUCAAGGCUUCCCUGGGCCCCGAGGAGGAGGCUGAAAAGGCUCGGGUGGACUUCGUGAAGUUGGCCGUCAGGGAUGUUCGCUAUGGGCCCGAGUCCUUCAGUGACUUUACCCAGUGGCAGGUGCAGAUGAUCUCUGAGGAGUUGGUGGCCUCUGGUGGGACCCAGGCGCCCAAGACAGACAACCCAGAGAGACCUGUGAAUGCCACGACUACCCCCACAUCCAGGACCAGGCUGGUGGCCUUGAAACGGCUGGAUGAUGAUAGCUCACUCAGCCCCUCUCCCAACAAGCGGCUCUGCGCCUCCCCGUCAGCCCUGGUGGAGGGUGACCCCGUAUGCUCUGGUAGCAGCCAGCUGGAACCCUUACACUUCCUGCAAAGCCACAGCAAGAACAACAGCCCGCGGGACCUUGAGACCCAGCUGUGGGCUUGUGCCUUCGAGCCAGCCUGUGAGGAUGGUACGGCCUCAUCUGUCCUCAUCCUUGGGGCCACAUCCCAGACCGUGGCCACGUGCGGCGGGGAGGCUGUCUGUGUGAUCGACUGUCAGACAGGCAUCAUACUCAACAAGUACAAGGUGCCCGGCGAGGAGUUCUUCUCAGUGGCCUGGACGGUGGUGACAGUUGUCACCCAAGCAGGUCACAAGAAGCGCUGGAGCGUGCUGGCAGUGGCGGGCCUGCGGGGCCUGGUGCGGCUGCUGCAUGUGCGAGCCGGCUUCUGCUGCGGAAGCAUCCGGGCCCACAAGAAGGCCAUCGCCACCCUCUGCUUCAGCCCCAAUCACGAGACCCACCUCUUCACGGCCUCCUAUGACAAGCGCAUCAUCCUGUGGGAUAUUGGGAUACCCAACGCUGAUUACGAGUUUCAGGCCAGCCAGCUGCUCACGCUGGACACCACCUCCAUUCCACUAUGUGUCUGCCCUGUGGCCUCCUGCCCAGACGCCUACCUGCUGGCUGGUUGCGAGGGUGGCUGCUGCUGCUGGGAUAUACGGUUGGACCAGCCCCAGAAGAGGAGGGUGUGUGAGGUGGAGUUCACCUUCUAUGAGGGCUUGGAGGUGUCGGGACGGAGAGUGGAUGGACUGGCCUUCGUGAAUGAGGAUGUUGUGGCCUCCAAGGGGAGUGGCCAGGGCACCAUCUGUCUGUGGAGCUGGAGCCAGACGUGGGCAGGCCGGGGCAGCCAGGCCACCGUGGCUGUGGUGGUUCUGGCUCAGCUGCAGUGGUCAUCCACCGAGUUGGCUUAUUUCUCGCUCAGCACCUGUCCUGGUGAGGGGUUAGUGCUCUGUGGGGAUGAGGAGGGCAGCGUGUGGAUCUACAACGUCCAGCACCUCCUGAAGCAACAGUGCCCACUGCCGGCAGGCCCACAGGCCCCCACGCAGAUCCUCAAGUGGCCCCAACCCAGGGCCCUUGGCCAGAAGGUGACCAAGACCAUGGUGAACACGGUGGUGGCCAACCCCACCUUUACCUACCUCACCGCUCUGACGGAUUCCAACAUCGUGGCCAUCUGGAGACGGCAGUAG